AUGUCCGUGGCGCUCUUCAUUGUGCUGGCGGUGUUCAUCCUGGGCGGUGGGCUGGCCGUGGUGGUGACCCGCAACGUGGUACAGGCCGCGCUGGCGCUGCUGGUAUCGCUGGUUGCGGUGGCCGGUAUUUACCUGGUCCUGUACGCCGAAUUUCUCGCCCUGGUGCAGGUUCUGAUCUACGGCGGCGCCAUUGUAAUAGUCCUAAUAUUUGCGAUCAUGCUGACCCGUAAUGCCGAGUACCCGCGUACUUCCGACAACCGCCAGUGGCCGCUUGCCGCGCUUGCCGCGCUGGGUCUGCUGGGCGUUCUGGUGCCGUCCUUCCUCAUCAACGCUGUUCGGGGUACCGAGCCUAGCAACGCGUCAUUCACGGGCAUCGGCGAGUCGUUGUUCACCACGUGGGCUGUGCCCUUUGAGGUGGCCUCGCUGGUGCUGCUCGUGGCCCUGAUCGGUGCCAUCAUCAUCGCCCGCUCCGGGCCGGGAGAGAACUAG